UCCAAACAUGCGAGCGGGGCGCCAUCUGGUGGCCACUUGUUUAUAUUACACCCUGUUAACGUGUAAGGUUUCCGGUGUUAUGGCGACCACCGGCAUCAUCGCGACUUCAGUCAGGGACAGCAGGCUCUAUAUUUAGAGUGCUUUGAAGACAGACGGCUGUUUCAUAUGUCUGUCUGUCAUUCUGACUAUGCUGCUCUUGGUAGCGCUGAGCAUAGUUUUUUCCCCUGUUGUGGUCAACAUUGUGAAGGCUGAGAUCACCAACCACAAAGCGACUUCACCCCUGCUGAAUUACAGCAGGAUCUCCUUGCCGCCGGAGCACGUAUCCUACUUUCUCAGCAACAACAAGAAGGUUGCCAAGUUCUGCCGCCAGGACCCACUCUGCCCUUUUAAAGAUGCUUUGCAGAAUCUGUCAGUCUGUUGGGGCUACGAGAAAAACUGUGAUUCAGAGAAACGCUUCAGUUAUCCUGUCUGUACCAAGGCUAACUCCGGAUGGGCCCGUUCGCUGGAUGCAGCCCAGGAGCUUUUCUGGAAGCAGGCUGAUUUUGGUUACGUCAAAGAGCGACUCUCUGAACUCAAAACACUCUGCAAGGCCAGCGAGCCAGGGGACUCAUCAUUAAGCUGCAGCAGCCAUGCAAGAUUCUGCAGGGCAACGAAUCUUUACUUGGAUUUGCGAAACCCACGUAGAAGUAACGAGAGGUAUGACGAGGACUUUAUUCAUACGGGGGAGAUUGGCGGACACUGCAAGCUAAAUAAGCAAGCACUGGCUGUUGAAGGAGAUCACAAGAGUCCUUUGCAGUCCUGGUAUGCUGAACUACAGACAUACUCAGAACUGAACUUCCAUCCUAUAGAGGAUGGACACUGUGACAUCAUUGUUGAAAAACCAACUGUUUUCAUGAAACUUGAUGCUGGGGUGAACAUGUACCACCAUUUCUGUGACUUUGUCAACCUCUAUAUCUCUCAGCACAUCAACAACUCCUUUAGCUCAGAUAUCAACAUUGUCAUGUGGGACACGAGUUAUUAUGGCUAUGGUGAUCUAUUUAGUGAAACAUGGAGGGCCUUCACAGAGCAUGACAUCAUCCACCUGAAGACCUAUGACUCAAACAGAGUGUGUUUUAAAGAUGCCUUCUUCUCCCUUCUUCCAAGAAUGAGAUAUGGUCUCUUCUACAACACGCCUCUGGUCACCGACUGCUACACUGAAGGGAUGUUUAGGGCGUUCUCUCAGCACGUCCUUCAUCGGCUUAACAUCCCACAAAUGGGACCAAAGGUGGGGCGUGUUCGUGUCACCCUGCUGGCACGCAGCACAGAAUACAGACGGAUCCGAAACCAAGUGGAACUGGUAAAUGCCCUCAAGACUGUGCCUCUGCUGGAGGUCAGUGUGGUGGACUACAAAUACAGGGAUGUUCCCUUCCUGGAGCAGCUGAGAAUCACCCACAACUCGGACAUCUUUAUAGGGAUGCAUGGCGCCGGGCUCACACACCUCCUUUUCCUCCCUGACUGGGCCAUCAUCUUUGAGCUAUAUAACUGUCAGGAUGAGAGCUGCUAUCGUGAUCUGGCUCGCCUGCGGGGUAUUCGAUAUGUGACUUGGCAGAAAAUGGACAAAGUGCUCCCCCAGGACAAGGGCCAUCAUCCUGCACUUGGGGACCAUCCUAAAUUUACCAACUACUCCUUUGAUGUGGAGGAGUUUAUGCGUAUUGUGCUGGAGGCAGCUGAUUAUGUCACUCAACAUCCCAAAUGGCGGCGCAGUAUCCAUCAUGAUGAACUCUGAAGUGUCUCCGAGUGUAGCGGGGAGCGCAGAUGUCUGCCUGCUGUUAAGAUCUUACCUUGAAUCAUAAAGAGAAGACGUUUACACUGACCAGUAAAUCUCAGUCACACAGUGUUAUAUUUGUCACCUCUGGUCUGCUGCUCCAAUAGGUCCAGAUGAAAGCAAGAAGUAUGGCGACAGCUUAUAUUUGAGUAGCUUUCACUAGCCUUAUUAGUGUCAGAUCAGUUAAAGGCUGCGCGCAGUUGAAGCAGCUGGAGAGCAAUAAGACGUCUCCCAUGUUUCUUCAUUACCUCUACAGCAUCCACUUCAUUCCGUGUCGUCAAAGCUGGUAAAUGAGCAGCUGUUUUGGCACACCUUCACAUGCGACAUCCCGUCCGAUUCGAUCACUGUCAUGCUGAUGGGGG